GCACCGCCAAUAGGGGAAACGGGCUGCGCGCCUUGGCGCAGCUGCGCCCAGGAGAGCUGCUCUUCCGCUCGGAUCCCUUGGCGUACACGGUGUGCAAGGGGAGUCGUGGCGUCGUCUGCGACCGCUGCCUCCUAGGAAUUGCUCCGUUGAGGGGAAGACGUGACCUUAAAAAUCACUUUAACGUUUUUCGGAGUAGUAAGUUAUUAAGGAAAUGGUAAUUGUUUUGCUUGCUGUCUACAGUCUUCGGAGCACAAGAAGGAAAAGCUGAUGCGGUGUUCUCAAUGCCGAGUUGCAAAAUACUGUAGCGCUAAGUGUCAGAAAAAAGGUUGGCCAGACCACAAGUGGGAAUGCAAAUGCCUUAAAAGCUGCAAACCCAGGUAUCCCCCGGAUUCUGUUCGACUGCUUGGCAGAGUUGUUUUCAAACUUAUGGAAGAAACACCGUCUGAAUCGGAGAAACUUUACUCAUUUUAUGAUCUGGAGUCAAAUAUUAACAAAAUGACUGAAGAUAAGAAAGAGGGCCUCAGGCAACUCGUAAUGACAUUUCAACAUUUCAUGAGAGAAGAAAUCCAGGAUGCUUCUCAGCUGCCACCUUCCUUUGACAUUUUUGAAGCUUUCGCAAAAGUGAUCUGCAAUGCUUUCACCAUCUGUAAUGCGGAGAUGCAGGAAGUUGGUGUUGGCCUAUAUCCGAGUAUGUCUUUGCUCAAUCAUAGCUGUGACCCCAAUUGUUCCAUUGUGUUCAAUGGGCCCCACCUCUUACUGCGAGCAGUCCGGGACAUCGAGGCAGGAGAGGAGCUCACCAUCUGCUACCUGGACAUGUUGAUGACCAGUGAGGAGCGCCGGGAGCAGCUGAGGGACCAGUACUGUUUCGAAUGUGACUGUUUGCGAUGCCAAACCCAAGACAAGGAUGCUGAUAUGCUCACUGGCGAUGAGCAAGUAUGGAAGGAAGUUCAAGAAUCCUUGAAAAAAAUUGAAGAACUGAAGGCACAUUGGAAGUGGGAACAGGUGCUGGCCAUGUGCCAGACGAUCAUUAGCAGCAACGCCGAACGCCUUCCCGACAUCAACAUCUACCAGCUGAAGGUGCUCGACUGUGCUAUGGAUGCGUGCAUCAACCUCGGUCUGCUGGAGGAGGCCUUGUUCUAUGGGAUCCGGACCAUGGAGCCGUACAGGAUUUUUUUCCCUGGAAGCCAUCCUGUCAGAGGGGUGCAGGUAAUGAAAGUGGGCAAACUACAGUUGCACCAAGGCAUGUUCCCCCAGGCGAUGAAGAACCUCAGACUGGCUUUUGAUAUUAUGAGAGUGACCCACGGCAGAGAGCACAGCCUGAUUGAAGAUUUGAUCCUACUUUUAGAAGAAUGUGAUGCCAACAUAAGAGCAUCCUAAGGGGUGCAGUCAGAGGGAAGGACGGCUUCUACCCUUGUUGAAUGUCAUAUAGAGGUCACACACUCUACACUGUGUGAGCCUCCCUACUGGGAAUGUGAUUCUCUGGUCAUGUAGGUAAACAAAGGCAGACAUACAGUGUGCAAACCACAAGAAUCAUUCGUUGUAGAGAAGCACAAUUAUAAGAAAUAUAAAAAAUUUGGUUGAAAAAUGCCAUCUGGUAAUCGUUUGCUUCCUCAUUGGUUGACUUCAGUGUUUAAGAUCUCAACAUUCUCAACAUGAAGGAUAGAAAGUUCUAUUAAAAGCAUGGUAGAAUAAGUUGUAACUUUCUCCUUGGCUAUCUGUGGGGAUAAUUGAAUUAAAAAUCAGUGUUUUCACAAGCAAAAGCUUAUUGUCUAUUUUGUCAAGAAAGCAGAGUUUCAGAUGUUUUCUUUACUAGUUGUGGUAAGUGACAUGUACAUCCCUUAUUUACUCCCGAAUACAUCUCUAAUACAAAAAGUGGUGUCCUGAAUCCUAGAAAGAAGUCAUUUUAGGUGUUACUAGAAAAGCAUAGGAAGUCUUGGGCGCCUGGGUGGCUCAGUUGGUUAAGCGACUGCCUUCGGCUCAGGUCAUGAUCCUGGAGUCCCAAGAUUGAGUCCCGCAUCGGGCUCCCUGUUCAGCAGGGAGUCUGCUUCUCCCUCUCCCACUCCCCAUUUGUGUUCCCUCUCUCGCUGUGUCUUUC